AUGAAAUCACUGACACUCACCUCUGUUACAGUUAACACUUCUCUGUCUGUACCUGUGGGUAUGAAGGCUGUGCUCUAUUGCCCUCACAUCCCGUUGACAACUGUGGUGCUAACAACAUGGGAAAUAGUCCUCAGAGACAAGCCUUCCUGCACCAGAGCCUACAGGACAGAUACAAAUGAGACCAAGGAAGAAAACUGUACUGACAAGAGAAUAACCUGGGCCUCCAGACCUGAUGAGACUCUCACCCUUCAGAUUGAUCCCGUGGACAUCACUCAUGAUGGGUAUUACGGGUGUCAAGUGGUAACACCUGACGGGAAUUUCCAUCAUGGAUAUCACCUCCAAGUGUUAGUGCCCCCCGAGGUGACCCUGUUUCAAAGCAAGAAUAGAACUGUGGUGUGCAGGGCAAUUGCAGGGAAGCCGGCUGCACAGAUCUCCUGGACCCCACAGAGAGCCUGUGAAACUAAGCACGAAUAUUGGGGCAAUGGCACAGUGACAGUCCAGAGUACAUGCCCCUGGGAGGACCACCAUGUGCCUUCUGUGUCCUGCACUGUCUCCCAUGUGACCAGCAACAAGAGUCUGUCGUUAGAGCUGAAUCAAGGUGCCCAAACAACAACAAACUUACGUAUUCUAUAUAGCAUCCCCUGUAUUUUUAUUGUCUUUGCCAUCGGGGGAUCCAUUUGGCUUUUGAAAAACGGUGGCUGCAGAAAAGGUAAAUUGAAAAAAACAGAAGCUAAUCCAAGUGUUGAGGAGGAUGAAAUGCAGCCCUAUGCCAGCUACACAGAGAAGAACAAUCCACUGUAUGAUACUGCAAACAAGGUGAAGAUGUCUCGGGUGUUACAAAGUGAAGUUGAUGGAACAGGUCUCAAUACUUUAUAAGUUAUUGGAGUCUAGCACCAGGACAAGUGAAUCAAGAUACAGUACAAUUACUGCCUUGAUUUUCUUAGAGUUUGAGAAUGGAAGAUCUAUUUUGAAAUUAGCUUUUCAAAGAUUCUUAGAAGACAAAGACUUGAAAGAUUUGCAUUUAUAUGCUUAUAUAAUUGAAAUUUUAGAAUCUUAGCUGCUACUAGAUAGUUCUCUGAAGAACUGAUGCUAUUACAAAGAAAGCACUCUCAUGAUAAAAUACUCAAAUUGUUCAGUAUAGUAGAUAAUGAAAACCAAGUUUCUUCAAGAAAUAACUCUGCAGCAGGGACAAUCAUCAACAAUUUUUAUGUAUUCCUCCAGAAAAUUUCUAUGUGCAUAUGACAUAUCUAUAUGCCCAUGGUACGCAUAUACAUUUAUAUAUCUAUUUACAUAUGCAUAAACAUAUCCUUGUCAAGACACAAAUGGGAAUAUACUAUAGUGCUGUUCUGUACUUCUAGAAAGCUAAUAUUAUAAUAUGUCUUGGAGAUCUUUUAUAUCAACACAAGCAGAGCUACCUCAUUCAUUUUAAUGGCUACAUAAAAUUCCAUUGUACAGUUAUGUCAUAAUUUAAUUAACCAAAACCCUAGUGAUGGAUAUUUAGAUUGUCUUAAGUUUUGUUUAUUUGUUUUGCUACUAUAAACAAUACCACAUAGAAGGUUUCUUGUGUGUAUAUCUCUUUGUAUUUGUUUGAGUAUAUUUGUAGGAUAAUUUCCUUGAGUGAAAUUGCCAGGCCAAAGAGUUUGUGCAUUUUUAUUAUUGAUUAAUAUGUCAAAUUGUAUCAAUUUACAUUCCCUCCAACCUUGUUUGAACGUGCCUUUCCCUAUACUGUUAUUUUAAUAUCUUCAAGAUUCCCACUUCCUACUUCUAAUCAACCAGUUAGCUAAUAUGAUGUACGAUUGUAAUAAUAAUUAUACUAUUUAAUAAAACUAGAUUU